UUUAAAUCAAAUGUUCCAUAAGGUCUACCAUUGGAAAAUGUAUAACGAUUUAGAUUUUUUUUACAGUGACAAUAUUUAUUUGUUAAUUUUCACUUAAAAUUUGGCGAACACGCGGUUUUGGAUUUUACUUGAGAGUUAAACCAUGUUCACUGCAGUAACGGUCUAUUAAUCUCUUGUACAGUACCAUCAGUUUAAAGACCAAGUGAUGGAUGUUCUUAAGCCUUCUGUAAUUUGGAUAGGAAAUCGGUGCUACCGCAGAAAUCCUAUGCUUCAAAGGGAGGGAAAUUUUGCAGAAGAAGAUUUUACAGAUGACAUCACAGAUCGAGUGUAUUGUGACGAGACGUGCGAUGAAUCUGUGGAUGUCAGGGAAACCAAAGAUGGCUUCACGGUCAGCAUGGACAUUCCGAGCGUGUUCUUCAAGUUCAUCAUAGGCAAGAAAGGAGAAACGAGAAAGAAUCUGGAGGCAGAAACACGCACACAGAUCAGAAUUCCAAAAUUAGGUCAGGAAGGGGAAGUUGUUAUUUUAGGUCACGAUAAACAAGGUGUUUGUUCUGCAAAGACGCGGGUUGACGUGAUGGUGGAGACGGCGCGUCAGCGAGAACCCUUCACUCACUUCCUGUCCCUCCCCAUCAACAGUGAUCUCGUCCGAAUUAAGUUUGAUGAUUUUAAAGAUGACAUCUUACGCGAAUGUGAUGGGGACCGAGGCCUGGACCGAACGAUUUUCCAGAAUCCAUUAAAACUGCAUCUGACGGCUGGAACCUUGGUGCUCCUCACAAAGAAGGAAAUACAGAAAGCCGUGGAUGUCCUGCAGCAGUGUCAGCAAGACCUUGUUGAACCUAUACUGAAGGGCGAAGGACUGCACUACGCGGUGAAGGGACUGGAGUACAUGAACGACGACCCCAACGCUGUAGACGUGUUGUACGCCAAGCUGAUCAGUCCAGACGAGGACGACAGACUACAGAUUCUGGCUGACCAACUUGUGGACAAAUUCACUUCUCUGGGUUUGAUGCAGCACCAGUACGACCGUGUCAAACUUCACGUUACUGUGAUGAAUUCGCUGAUGCGUAAAGAACCAACAGCCGUAGAGAGAACAAGACAUGAGCGUGGUACGGGCUCGGGAAAACAAAGAGAAUCCUUUGAUGCAUCCAAAAUACUGAAGAAAUUUGGAAGCUACGACUUUGGAACUUACCAUUUUAACACGCUGCAUCUAUCACAGAGACACUCAUCCAGUCCUGAUGGAUACUAUACAUGUGCUGGGUCAAUUGCACUUCCAUGAUGCAAUUAACCUGGGAAUCUAAUUAAAAUUAGCUCCACUAUUACAUGUGGAUCUAACAGCAGCCCGUUGGAGCUCAUGUCCAGCUGACCUUUCAUUCGACCAAUCAAAACCUUACUUGCAAAAUCAUGCCAGUGAUUU